AAAAAAAGAGAAAAGGGCUUCAUCUGAAGUGCGUGUCGAGCUAAUGUUUCACGCAGUAGGUGUAUUUGCGUAUGAGCGCAUUAGAUAAAAACACCUAAUAGCGCAGGAAACCGCAAAGGAAAUGCUGCAAAAGAGAACCGAUUACAUUUUAAGCAGAAAGUAAACACAUUCCAAAACGAGGACCAGCAUGGCGGCAAACCAGGUGAACGGGUCCAGGCCCUGGGAUUCAGAGAAGCGGUGGGGAGUAGCAGAAGAGGAACCCAGUAACCAGGAGCUAAACUCUGACCACAGGACCCAAGAAAACGUCCAGGAACUGGACCAGGUGGACCCAGUGUGGGCGCCCAGCAGCAGACGCCUGCUCUCUGGAUUCGUGGGUCUGAAUGUGGUGCUGCUGGGGGCGGCACUGGUGGCCGGUCGGGCUUUCAACCCAACGGGCAUCAGCCACCAGGAGUCCGAGGUGUAUGUGCUGGUGCUGAUGGGCUGCAGCUUGGCCUGGAUGAUGUGGUAUCUGCUCUGGGCCCGGAAGAAGCCCGGCAUCUCCCCGCACAAAGAUCACCACGCCGGGGGUCUAACUGUCACUGUUGUCCUCAUGCUUUUCGCCGCCUUCAGUCUCCUCCUCCAUCUGUUCAGGAUGGGAUAUUUUAUUAUCAUGAGCGACUGCAAGCCGCCAGCUCAAGUGCUGUCCCCGUUUAUUGAGGCCCCCUUCCUCGGGGUCCAGACGUAUUUACUCUGGGCUCACUCCAAAGACUGCAUUCACAAACACAAAAUCCUAACUAGGUCUGGGCUGAUGGUCAUUCUGUGUGCCGACCUGUUGUUGUGGCUCAACGCCGUGACGGAGGACACCAUCCAUCAGGAGAUCGAGUUAGAGAAGGAGAAGGUCUUUUAUUUUGGAGGCGCAAACUUGUCAGAGAGCAGAGAGACCUACGAUGGAGCAGGGCUGGGUAACACCACCCAUUGCCAGUGCAGCGCCAGCGCCGCCUGCCUGGUCUUCAGGAAGGGCUACGAGGUGCUGUACCCCUUCAACAUGGAGUACUACCUGAUGGCCGGCUGCAUGCUCUACGUCAUGUGGAAGAACGUGGGCCGCCACAUGGAGCCCGGCCACCAGCCCCACCAGCCCACCGCCCAGAAGCUGACCAUGCGCAUCGUGUACCAGGGAGGGGUUCUGUUGGGCCCUCUGCUGGGGCUGGUUGUGCUGCUGGCCGGGGUGGCCGUCUUCGUCCUCUACCAGGUGUGGGUGGGUCAAGCCCCGCUCCGUCGCACCGCCUUCCUCCUCUUCUACGGCUACCACCUGGCCGUCAUGCCGCUCAUGUCCGCGUGCUGCCUGGUGGGCAUGCUGGUCCACAAGCUGGAGAGGAGGGCAGUGGAGGAGGGCCACAAUCCCACGCGGAGCCUGGACGUGGCGCUCCUCGUGGGGGCCGCCCUGGGCCAACUGGCGCUCUCCUACUUCUCUCUGGUGGCGGCCCUGGAGACGGGCGACCUGAGCCCCCUGGGGAGCCUGGACCUCUCCUACUCCCUCCUCAGCCUGUUGGAGCUCAUGCUGCAGAACAUCUUCAUCAUAGAGGGGCUCCACCGACACCCGAGUCUGAGCCGGGCGCGCAAGAUCCGAAAGGAGCGGAAUAGUAUAUUUAAGCUGAGAAAGAAGUUCACUGCGGGAUCACCUGAGGAACGGAAGGCAGACGACUCUUUACUGACGAGAACCCCAACAACACCAGCACCCCCUGCUGGCCAAGCGGAGGAUAGAACUAACACCUGGACAAAGAGGGCCACACAAGAGAUCUGUGCUUUCCUCAUCUUUGCCAAUAUCAUGCUUUGGAUCAUACCGGCAUUCGGAGUGAACCCCUCGUUUGAGAACGGAAUGGGGAAGAAGUUCUUUGGUUUCACGGCCUGGUUUGUGCUGGUGAACCUGGGCCAGCCCCUCGGAGUGUUUUACCGCAUGCACUCGGUCGGAGCGCUGAUGGAGCUGUUCCUCGCUGCCUGACGGCGGGAGGCCGCAGCCAGGUGUAACCGUGUUAACAAUGAUCUUAGCCUUUGUUGUACAACUCAACACAGAGGCCUAAUGCAGGCCUAACUAUUCAAUUAUUCAAAAGUCAAGUGCUUUAAAAUAAAGAGAAAGACUUAUGACUGUUAUAGAACUUAAUACUGAGGCAUAAUGUAGGCCUAACUAUUCAAUUAUUCAACAGUCAUCAAGUGCUUUUAAAUAAAGAGAAAGACUUAUGAUUAACAGAUGCACAAAUGCAUAACAGCACUCGUACUUAAGGGUCCUCCCGGCUUCUCUGUUUUUGCAUCCAACCCUAACCCUUGUGCCCCGGCCCUUUAGCUAUCUGGGGGCCCUGGAAACUCCCCGUGGCCCAUAUGGUUAAGACGGCCCUGGCUGUGGCAUACUGUAGACGGGCUUCAGGGACCGAGGGUUCCUGAUCGCUGAGCCAAUGGUUUCAAGAAUAAUGAAGCAAUUCAAUUUUGAGUUGGAUAGAAUAGUUUUGUUUUGUGAAAUGAGUCGUUGAGGAUGUACAUGUAUGUAAAUGUUUCAUAUCAGAUCAAUUUAUCUACUUUCCAUGACAAUAUUUCUGUUGAUGUAGGUAGUAUUUUCUGUCUAUGGAUCAAGGUGCUGUCCAUUUCAAUGAACUUCCUCGUUGUACAGAUAUUAAGAAAAUGGUUCCCACCAGUUUGGCCAACUGGAGAUCUAUGGGUUUGGCCAAUUUGGGAUUAGCUCAAUCUUAUGAAUCUUAUGAAACAAGCAGGAUGUUUCAUAACUCUUUUAAGGGCAAUAGACAUCCAAAAAAUGAAUAUUCAUUUAAAAACAUGAAUAAAUUACUAAAUAAAGGUUUAC